CACUACAUCGACUAAAACCACUAUUUCAUUUUGGUCUCAUAUCCUUAAUUCAGCUAGCGAAGCUCUAACUAGAGAACCCACUGAAAAAUCCCAUACAACUCUGGCCGGUGUGAAGGUUUAUUUUGCAGGUUUCCCCUUCUGGUCCAUCAUCUCCCGAAAAUGACAAAGAUGUGUACUUACAACCACUAAUUGCUGAAUUGAAGGAACUAUGGGAAUUUGGUGUAGAAACAUAUGAUGCUGAUAAUAACUAAACAUUCACGAUGAAGGCAGCCUUAUUUUGGACAGUUAGUGAUUUUGCAGCACUAGCAAUGCUUUCCGAAUGGAGCACCAAGGGGAGAUGGGCAUGCCCCACUUGUAAUUAUAACAUAUGCUCUCAAUAUCUCAAGCAUAGUCAUAAGAUGUGUUGCAUGAGUCAUCGGACAUUUUUUCCUCUUGAUCAUCCAUUUCGAAGAGACAGGAAAUCAUUUGAUGGUAAGGAGGAUCAUAGACAUAUGCCCACUCCCUUGUCAUGAAUAGAAGUGUUUGAAAAGGUGCGUGAUUUUAAUAAUAUUUUUGAAAAGGGCCAAAAGAAAAGGCGUCGAGGUAAUGAGAGUCCGUGGAAGAAAAGAUCCAUCCUUUUUGAAUUACCAUAUUGGGCACAUAACAAAUUGAGGCACAUUCUUGACAUUAUGCAUGUCAAAAAAAAUAUAUGUGAUAAUCCGCUUGGGACUUUAUUGGAUAUAGAUGGAAAGCCAAAGGAUCAUGUUAUUUCUCGUUAUGACUUGCAAGAGAUGGGGAUACGAAAGGAGCUUCAGCUAACAAAAGAUAAUGGAAAUGAAAAAGUUUAUUUGGCUAAAGCUUGUUUCUCCAUGAAACCUGAAGAAGAAAAAAAGAUAUUUUGCAUUGUCUUAAGUGAUGCCAAAUUACGGAAAGGGUGUGACUCAAACAUAUCACUACGUGUGCAAAUGGAAGAGAUGAAAGUAUCAGGAUACAAGAGUCAUGACGCUCAUUUUAUAAUGCAUUACUUGCUCCAAGUUGCAGUUAGAAAAGUGUUACCUAACUUGCUCCAAGUUGCAGUUAGAAAAGUGUUACCUAUGAAUGUUUCUUUGGACUUGAUUAGGUUGGGGAACUUCUUCAGAGUCAUAUGUAGUAAGUUUAUAAGGAGAAGAGAUCUUGAUGCAAUGCAAUCAGAAAUCAAAGAGAUUGAAUGUGAGCUUGAAAAGAUUUUUCUUCCAACUUUUUUUGAUAUAAUGGAGAAUUUGUCUAUCCAUCUAGUAGAUGAUAUUAAGUUGGGGGGUCCAAAUCAUUUGCGUUGGAUGUAUUCCAUUAAGAGAAACCUAUAUAAGUACAAGGCAUUUGUUUGUAAUCGAGCUCAUCCAGAAGCUUCAAUAGCAGAGGGAGUUCUAGCGGAAGAGUGCUUGAUCUUUUGUUCGAGAUACUUACAUGAUGGGGUAAAGACAAGAUUCAGUAGGUAUCAAGUUGAGGACGAUAAGAAUGUUCAAACAAAGGGGAUGAUCUGUCACCAAUAUUACCUAAGAUAGGUCAUCCAAUCGGAAUUGAGAAGAAAAAGAAAAGAAAUACGUUUUCCAUAGAUUUACAGUUAUGCAUUGAAGCACAUCGAUAUAUUCUGUUCAAUUUUGGAGAUGAACAAGUCGAGACUUUUAUCAAAUAAGAUAAAAUAUAUAUCAAUUAUAUUGUAAGCUUUAUUUAUUUAUAUGAUAAGAUAUUUUAAAA